GCACUCUCCCAAGCAAAAAUAAAAAACUUCUCUAGCAAUACACACCAAAUUGAACAUGUGCAGAGUGACUCCACACGAUAUGUCUUAUCAGGAGAUAAGAGGGGGACACUGAACGAAGGGGAGGAUCAGAGAAGUCAGGAUCAAACAGCAUUAUUACACAAUGCAGAGGAUUACCCCUUAGGUUCCACAGUGAGUAUAACAAGCGUGCUUUACUGCCAGGGGAGGACUGACAACUUAUGGGGCCCCCGGGCAUUAGGGGAUUAUGGGGCCCCUGUGUCCUUGCCCAAACUCAAAAAAGCCUAU